GGCGGAGGAAGGGGGCUCAUAAACGAAAAGAGAAGGGUAGGAUAAGGCGUGCUGAGCAUUAUUUCGCAGCUGGACAUCGCGGCAAGAUGUUCCUUCGGAUUACCGACUAUAUUUUCGACGCCUAUUUAGGCGGAAUAAAACCAGAUGUGCGAACUAAGGACUGGUUUCUCGUGGACAACAUCGGAGUUAUGAUUUUCGCCUCAGCCCUUUACCUGAUUGUCUGCCAGUUUGGCCCAAAAGUAAUGUCUUUCUUCCACCCCUUUGAGCUACGCCGCCCUAUCAUGAUUUACAACGCGAUUAUGGUCUUCAUCAACGGCGUCAUUUUCUAUUUGGCUGCUUCGGGGGGUUGGUUUACCCAUUACAAGUUUCUGUGCCAAGCGUGCGGCUCAGUGAAUGAGCCAAUCUCCUACACAAUGGCUCGAGCUACACACUUUAUGAUGCUGUCGAAGUACGUGGAGCUGAUUGAUACAGUAUUUUUUAUCCUGCGCAAGAAAAAACGCCAAAUCACAUUUUUGCACGUGUACCACCACUCGACCGUGAUGUACAUGUUCUGGGGCGCCGCGCGUUACAUUCCAGAUGGCCACCUGACACUGAUGGUGCUGGUCAACAGUUUCGUGCACGUGGUGAUGUACUCGUACUACCUGCUGUCGCAGUUCGGGCCGAGCGUGCAAAAAUACCUCUGGUGGAAGAGGUACCUCACUCGAUUGCAGCUGACGCAGUUUGUCGGCGUAAUUCUGCACAGUUUGGUCGUGCUCCACCCCUCGUGCAACUACCCUCCGGCCAUUGCAUUGCUGCCGUCAGCCAACAUCUUUAUUUACUUUUUACUUUUUAUAAACUUUUACAUGAAAAAUUACACAAACAAGAAGCAGAAUGCAGAAAUGCUCAUGCAGUCGGGAAAGAGUUUGGGAACGAUGUGUUUCACAGACCCAAAAUUGAAUUAUCUGCGAACCAAAGACUGGUUUUUGGUGAAUAACUUGGGCUUCACCUUUUUCACCUCGGUAUUCUAUGUCGUUGGCUCAAUCCUGGGACAGAAAAUCAUGAAAUCUUUUAAACCGUUCGAGUUGCGCACUCCUAUCAUGAUUUACAACGUGCUGAUGAUAGCCGUUAAUGGGCUGGUGUUCUAUAUGACUGCUGCUGGAGGAUGGUUCACCCAUUACAAAUUUCUGUGCCAACCACUUGGUUCUAUAGACGAUCCCAACUCAUACAUGAUGGCAAAGGCCUCGCACAUUAUGUUCCUGUCCAAAUUUAUGGAGCUGCUUGACACGGUGUUUUUCAUUCUGCGGAAGAGAGAGCGGCAAAUCUCAUUCCUGCAUGUUUACCACCAUCAUACGGUGAUUUUAAUGUUUUGGGCGAGCACUCGCUACCUGCCAGACGGGCACAGCAGUUUAAUGGCUCAUAUCAACAGUUUCAUCCACGUUAUAAUGUACACCUAUUAUCUUCUCUCGGGUUUCGGCCCCAAAAUGCAGAAGUACCUUUGGUGGAAGAAGCACCUCACACAAAUGCAAUUGUUGCAAUUCGUGAUCGUGAUUCUGCACGACCUCUGGCUCUUGAGCAGCGCGACGUGCGACUACCCGCACGCCAUGUCUUACGUCGCCACCGCCAACCUGGUCUUUUUAAUUGUGUUGUUCACUAAUUUCUACGUGAAAAACUACAGAGAAAAGAGCGUGAAAACGCAAAUCAAUGAAACAGAAGAAAAUAUGUGGGAUACGUGUUUUCCCCCGCAAUCUGAAAAACAGGAUUAGAGGAAAAACGAGUGUAUUAAACGUUUGACUACAUGAAUUUUGUGUAAAAAUUGCUAAAUAAUAAUCGAUCAAUGUUUAGGUGGGGGUUUUAUACGUGUUUUUUUUUGCCAAAAUAGUCAGAUAUAUUUAAACAGUUUUUUAAAGCAAUUAUUUACCCGGUUUUAGAUGGUUUAAUUUAUGAUUAUUUACGGUCAAUAUGGAUUAAUUUUUAUUUUAAAUAAAUAGUAUUAAAGCAUAAAAGUACGUUGGGGAUGAUAUAUUGAACCGACUAACCAAGCACAAGACCUUGUCAUUAUUAAUAUUAAAACUACCAAAUUUGCCAAAAUUUUCAUCGCCAAAUCUCGGGGUUGAGCCUUCAAAAUUACAAAAACUGCACACCGUUCGACUCGUAUCCACAUCCUCUAGAUAACCAAUGGGGUUUGGGGUAGAAUUUUAUUUAUUUAAGAGGAUUGUGAUGAGGGAAUAAGUUAGGGAAAGUGCAAAGCGACGCGAUUUUUAUCGUUUUUCCUGUGCACGGGGUUGCGAGGCGGCGUAAUUUCCUCACAGGGGUGGAAGAGGGAUGAGAGUUUAUCACCCUCAAAACCCUUUGGCUAUUUAGGGGGGGGGGUCGAUGUGAGUCGAACGGAGUGCUUUUUUUGCAAUUCUAACUGUUAUGACCAGAGAUUUGACGGUGACAAUAUUAGAAAAAUUAUAACUUUCGAUUUUUGCUAACAUUAACACCACCAAAUAUCGAGUUUUGACCAUCAGAAUGAUAAAAUUUGCACACCGUAAGACUCGACUAAACCUCCCCUAGAUAGCCAAGGGGUUUGGGAUAGAAUAUUUAUUUAUUUAAGAGGGAUGAGAUCAGUGAGAAUAAAUUUGGGAAAGUGCAAAGCGACGCGAUUUUUAUCGUUACUUAAAUGCAUGGGGUAGAAGGGGGAUGAGGGUGAAUGACCCUCAAAAUCCAUCGAUUUUUUAGGGGAGGUCAAGGCGAGUCGAACGAUGUACAGUUUUUGUAAUUCUGACUGUUAGAAUCUGAGAUUUGGUGGUGACAAUAAUGGUACAAAUGGAACAAUUUGUGUCGCUUCUACUAAUCACUUUUAAAUGGCUUUGGCAGAUAUAGACGGUUUUUAGUGUUGUUUAACAUGCUUAAAAUUGCGUUAUUCGUGCUCAUGAAGAUUUGAAGCGAAGAAAAAAAUAGUCAAUCGUCGAAAAUUAACAGUUUUAAUAUUGCUAUUGCUUAACUAUGUAUUGAUAUUUUUCAGAAAUGUCUGUUUAUUUCAAAGCUACGACUAUUAUUUUGAAGUUAUUGAAUUUAAUAAAUGAACAUUGUACUGAAAUCUG